AUGGGUGACGAAAAGCGUUCGGGAUACCGGCCAAAGAGGCUCUCUGCUGCACGCAAGGCAUCUAUCAGCAAAAAUCUGCAGAAGGGGGGAGCAAAGAAAGAGAAUGUCCCACCUUUGACACCCAGAUCGGCACUAGCACAUCCAGCGCGAGCGGUCGGAAAAGCACGUCCAGUGGGCGCAAAUUCGAAUGGGAUCCAAGGGCCAAUGUCCUAUAACGAGUUAAAACGAAAAUACGAAAACAAGUCACGGAAAUGCCGACGGCUUGAGGUCAAAGUGAAGGAUCUGGAGGAGAAACAAGAAAAAGCGCGUCUUGCUGCAGCAGCCCAGCAAACGCGACUAGCCCUCGUCCAGCGUCAGUUGGAAUGGACACAAUCCGACCUCCAGAAGGCCCGACAGACAAUCUUGGACCAGUUUUCGGAGGCCCAGCAGCUGGGACAGAUAAACCGUGAUUCCCGAAUAGAGAUGAGAAGGGCAGUCAAGAAUCUCGAAAAGAAGGUGCGGCGAAUGGAGCGGUCAGCGGUGACAAUUCAGAAGGCGUCAAGAGCGCGUCGAGCAACCCAGGUUUUCCGUAGCAAGACUGGUCAUGCAUACUCUGCAUCGCUUCGAGAGGCAGCUCGGAAAAUGGCAGCGGCGGGAUGUGCUCGAGCGCAGGUCGGAAAGAUGAUAAAGUUUAUUGCGGAAAUGCUGGGUGUUGAGAUGAAGACAACGAUGAGUGAGCGAACAGUGGGGCGAGCGAUUUUGGAGGGUCUCGUUGCAGGAAAAAUACAGUUGGGUUAUGAAUGGCUAAAGUCCGGAAGUCUGACUGUCAGCGCCGACAGUACCAUGCAUCGCAAACAGAAUCUUGAGGCCCACCACUCUGCUCAUCGAGUCCCCGAUUACGCAUCUGGCUCGCUUGACGUUGACCCAAAGUCCGUCCCGCGCAUACGAGUUGUCUGUCUUGACGCGACGAAGGACCAUACUGCAGCAGGAUCAGUCAACGCAUGGAAAGAGGCAGUGGAAGAGAUAGAAGAACUACUUGCACGGAGUCCAAUCGCUCGCCGAUUGGGCCUAAAAUUUACAGUCUCCGACUUUCUUACCGCAAUAAAAGGCAUGAACGGCGACCAUGCGAAUAACGAGAAGGCGACUGCGGCGGGAAUUCAGACAUGGAAGAAGGAGAAUGGCAUACGAAACCUUGGGGAAGCAAAUAUGACAGCGCGGGCGACAUCGCCGGAUCGAAAGACGAUGGAAGACCUCGUCCUCUAUCUGGCUUCGUGGAACCUGAAGAAAGUCACAGACUUGGGUGGGUGGGAUAAGUGGAACGCACUCUCGGACCUGGAGCAAGCCGAACACGAUCGACGAACGCUGAACGAGGUUUUGAUGGAUUUGGGCCAACAGGAAUACGACAGGUUGCCAGAGAAGGAUCGCAAAGAGAUUUCGGGAUUCAUCUGGGCGGGGUGCUGCAUGCACAAGGACAUGAAUAGUUUCAAGGGAGGGAAUGUCGAGAUGAUGGGAGAAUGGUCAAAAAUUGGUGCCGGCAGUCCACUCCCACUUGCGAACAAGCAGAACGCGAAGAUUCUACAUCAAGUUUUUAAUGCGGGGGCUCGUCCAUAUGACCAACUCACCGAUGUGGAGAAAGAUGCGCUGGAGAGCACCACCUGUGGUGGAGUAAAGGCGAUGGCGCUUGCUGGUAGUGUUUUUGAGAACAAGAACGAGAACCUUGGGCAAGGCGACACGCACGUCGCGGAGUUUGGAUUUCGUUUCGCGGAUACGAGCAACAAUCGAUUUGGCAGCUUCGGACGUGCAGCAUGCAUGGUGGUCGCCAAUCUUGAACGCUACCGAAAGUUCGUUAGCGAGAUCGCAUUCGCAAAGUCGUCAGUAAUUGGACACACCAAUAUUGAGAAGAACCUUGACGCUGCGCUCAAUGACAUCCCAACAAUCACUGAGCUCUGCGCAAUGGCCCUCUACACAAAUGUCAUUUCCUAUCCAUACACCCGUCUCGUUCGUGGUCCUGGGUCCCAUGGUGAAGCACAAAACGUAUUGGACCUUGGCCCCUUGCAUGCUGAGGUCAAGAACCAUAUACAAAAGAUGAUAGACUCACCAGACCUUCUCGUUGGUGACGAUGCAUCGUUUGAGACGGCCACGCUCGAUGGUGGGAAAUGGGAAGACAGCGAUGCCAUAAAUGCUGUCUUCAGUUUGCUUCCCGAGCUGCCGCAUCUCCGCGCAAUCACCAUUGCCUUCUUUCGUGGUGCUUUAGCCACUUGGACGCGAUUUUCUGCUGAGUUUGCCCCAGGCGGGCCAAUAGAUGAUCUUUCUGAGGAAGAGAAGAGAUUAGCAUGGAUGGCCACAACCAAUGAUGUGAACGAGGGCUUACUGGGAAGUUAUCGGGUCACCAUACGAGGCAAGCCCACGCUGUCGCUUCACCAAUUUAACGCGAUGGCGAUGUUCUCGCGGAACGAUACAAUCUCGUUCAUGAAUGCGUUAUUCGAAGCCGAGGAUCAUGUCUUCAUUAUGAGAGAGGCUCGGCGGAUCGAUGCGAGCGGGUUAGAGAAGAGUCGAAAGCAGGCACAGAGGGAGCUUCGCCGAGCUAUGGUGGAGCUGAACAGAGCCAAAGAAGCUGCUCGGACCAAGAAAGCUGAAGAAACUCGUGCCAGACUUGAAGCUAUUCACUUGGUACGUCGGGCAGACUUAAAUCGGCCACCACCAGGAAAGAAAAAGUGGAUUGGAGUCUUGAUCAAGGACCAGCUUGACGCGUUGAAGCACCGUGGCGUUGAUAUUCCUGCUCUCACUGGCGUGAAGGUUGAUGCAAAAUUCGAAAUUCUGAAGCAGUGCUUAGUCACUUAUGCCACCAGGAUAGAGGAGCUGGGUCUCUCAUAUGGGUCUAGUCUCAAGACACAGCCCCCAGCAAACUCUGGACAGAUUCUCGAGGCAGAAGACGAGGAAGAUAUAGAGAUGGAAGAGGCGGAGUUGUAA